AUUGCGAAAGAAACGUUCGGCGUUCCAUAUCAUGUUGCAACACGUUUGUACAUUUUCCUUUGUUUACCGUUGUUCACUUUAAUAUUUGUGACAGGAUCGCGAUCGAGGACUCUUCUUUGACUUGAACUUGUAUUUCCGGAUUUCCGUACGAACACUUUAACUCCUAAGAAGCCGGGUCAGAACGAAAAUUCAAGAUGAGCAAGAGAAAAGCACCAGAUAGCAACAAUCCUAACCAGGAAUUUGUCGACUUUCUUGUCGAGCUUGCCAACUAUGAGAAGAAUGUCAAUCGAGCAAUGCACAAGCACAAUGCUUAUCGCAAGGCUGCCAGCGUCCUGGCUAAGUACCCAACAAAGAUCAAGAGUGGAGAUGAGGCGAAAAAACUGGGUGGCAUUGGUGAUAAAAUUGCCAAAAAGAUUGAUGAAGUCAUAGCAACAGGAAAGCUUGAGAAACUGGAGAAAAUUCGCAAAGAUGACAAAAGUGAGGCUAUCAAUCUGCUCACCAGAGUGUCAGGAAUAGGGCCCGUUGCUGCCAGAAAACUGGUAAUGGAUGAUGGCAUAAUGUCUAUUGAUGAUCUGAGAAAGCACACAGAUAAGCUAAAUCAUCAUCAAAAGAUUGGGUUACAGCAUUUUGAAGACUUUGAGAGGAGAAUCCCUCGUGAAGAGGUGACCAGAUUGGAAACUCUCGUCAAGUCUCAGGUAGCAGCGGAAGAUGAAGAUUACUUAGCAACGGUGUGUGGAAGCUACAGGAGAGGGGCUGCCUCCAGCGGUGACAUGGACGUCCUUCUUACACACCCAUCAUACACAUCCAAGGAUAAGAAGAAGCCUGAGCUGUUGGUGAAAGUGGUGAAGAAAAUGAUAGACAGCAAGCUUGUCACAGAAACCAUAUCACAGGGUGACACCAAGUUUAUGGGUAUCAUCCGUCUUCCCCAGAAGGACGCCAAGGAGGGUGAAGAGAGAUACUUCCGUCGUCUUGACAUCCGUCUGAUACCCCAUGAUCAGUACCACUGUGGAACUCUAUACUUCACCGGCAGUGAUAUGUUCAACAAAGACAUGCGAGCGAAGGCGAUAGAUGAAGGUUUCACCCUCAAUGAGUACUCUAUCAGGCCGAUGGGCAGUACAGGAAUUGCUGGAGAACCACUUCCUGUGACCUCUGAAGAGGACGUCUUUGACUACAUCGGGAUGAAAUAUAAAUCUCCUUCAGAAAGAAAUAUGUAAAAUGAAUUGCAAUAUGUAUCUUCAUCCAAAACACCAUCGUGACACAACAACCAUUAUGUUCAUCAUCUUGCCACCAGUACUGCCAUUGGUUUUAACAAGGCUUUGCUUUAUAUUUCAUCUUCACACAGCUCUGGAAAGCAGUUCAUGAAAGAACUUGUCGGACAUUUUAUCUGACAAAUCCUGUUUUGGCCGACAGUUACCAUAGUAACAGUGCUUCUCAGCCAAUCAAAAUCAAGGAAAGUUUAUCAGAUCUGACAACUUGUUGGAUGAAAAAUAUUGAUGAAAUAAUGCCCCAGGAUUGGAUGAACCACUUCAAAAAUGAAAAUGUCAGUUUGGAAAGAGGGGGAGGGGGGCGAGUGGUAAGUAUCAGAAUGCACUGUAUGCUUCCCCAUAAGGAGGGAGGCUUUCCUACCGGGGAUCACUACUUGAUUGACAUAAUGAAAUUAUAAAGACAAAUCAGAUUCAGAUUCAUUGUUUUAUUGUCUCUUAAAGAUGAUUUUUUAAAUAGUACAUGUAUGUUAGUAUGUGUUAAUCUUCUGGGCAAUGAAAUAAAUAAUCGACCUUUUUCUUCAUCCGACCCCGUGUUCUCUGUACUUACACCACUCCAGGAUCUGCCCAAGUCAGGAUAAUUUGAGAGGAUUACACAUUUUCAUAAGAACUAGAAAACAAAGACCAAUCAGUUUAGGAAGGUUCUCACAGGCCCAGUGCAAAAGCAAAGAACAAAAAACUCUAGAGAAAAGACAACUGCCUAUGUACUGUUCACAAAACAAAUAUUUUACAUACAGAGGCACUUAGCCUAGACUUUCUUCCAGUCUACAGAAAAAAGUCUAAAUUAGUAUAUUUCAUACAUUUAACCUUGACAAAAAUCCUAUUUAUAGGGGGUUGUAUGUACAUGAUUCAUGGCAUUGUUCAAAGUGAGGGUAUUCAAAUAUUAUGCCUUGUUCCUUUUGCCUGGCAAUGUGGUAUGUAUAAUGGUCUUGUUACUUAACUGUUCUUUUACGUUUUGUAAGAUAAUUCAAACUUGUACUUUAGAUGUAAUUAGAAAUGUAUAAACUGUUCAUGAAUAUUGGGGGCCCAUUGUAGAAAGCAUUGCAAUCAAAUACAACUCUAACAAUCAAUCGCAAACUUGAUUUUAACCAAUCAGAAGCAUGUAUUUUGCACUUGCGCUUGAUUUUUUCAAGUUGCGUUUAAAUUCAAAUUUUUUUUUUUUUUUUUUUUUUCUUCUGUUUUUAUCAUAACAAAUUGAAAUAAAUCACAAAAUUUACAAACAAUUAUUAGGUGAUUGCAAAUCACGUAAACACAAGUUAGUUUAAAUUCAAAUCUUAGUGCAAUGGGCCGCAUCUAUCAAACUUGAACACAUGCAUGCAGAUAACAGUACAGUCUUUUUGAGAUUGAAGUUUGAAUGAAUUGUAAAUAUCGUAUUCAUCAAUGUAUGAGAUGCAUGUAGAAGAUUGCCAUAGUUCCUAGUACUUUUUUACUAGAUACACUGUGCAGUGAAACCUGUUUAUGAAGACCACACAAUGGAGACAUGAAAAGCAGUCUCUAUGAACUGAUGGUCUCUACAGACAGGUUCCUGUAAUACAAUGUCUCAUUAAGAAGUAUGUUUAAGAGUAAACCAAACCUGUGGUCUUUAUAGAUAGGUGGUACUGCUUUACAGGUUGUUGCUAUAGAUAAAUCCGACUUCAGAUCACUGCAACUACAUGUAAUGGUGGCCAUAACUGGGGGCUUCGAAAGAAGAAUAGAGUCACUUUCAAUGAGUUAUGCAAUGAGCUAAGUGCAUUGCUAUGUCAGUGUAUACAUUAUUUUCUGUUAGGUAUACUUGAAGUCACCAGUUAGGAAUUACCAUAGAAACAGUAACUAAGCCAAAUUGGUCUAUAGCAGCAUCGACUGUACAAGUAGUACUUGUGCCAGUGUUGAUGCAAUUCUGUUAAUUACAGUCUGUUUUUUCAAUCUUGUGUGCCUCAUUAAUUAAACUGCUAUUAAUAAAACAGCUCAUGAGAUAGUUGUAAAUAUGAUAUGAUACCAAA